AUGAAAGGCCAAGCGCGAUUCAGAGUGAAAGGCAAAUUGCCAUCGAGAUAUGUUGGACCAUACGAAGUCCUUGAGAAGAUCAAUCCAGUAAUGUAUCGUGUAGCCUUACCGCCGGUCAUGGAACAUAUGCAUAAUGUUUUCCACAUCUCCAUGCUUCGAGACUAUCUACAAGAUCCGUUACGUGUCAUUGAACCGACACAUGUGCUUUUGAAAGAUGACUAUACCUAUGAGGAGAGGCCAAUUCAGAUUGUGAAUCGAAUAGUCAAAAGAUUAAGAAACAAGGAGAUUUCAUUAGUAAAAGUGGAUUGGCAGAACCAUAGAGGAACUUAUGCAACCUGGGAGACGGAGGAAGAUAUGAUGCAAAGAUAUCCUGAUCUGUUUCCUUUGGACUCAGUAUUCUUCCAAAAUGAACGCCUUAUUGGUAUCCGAUUGCGAAAUUGA